CACACACACACACACACACACACACACUAUAACCUGUCUGCCAUUAGGCAGCGUCUUCAAGGGCACAGCCAGUCUAAGGGGAGGAGGGCUCCUACACCUUCCUCUUCCCACGCCGCAUCAGCAUAGGGGAGACUUAAAUCCCAAAUUGCGUCAGACAGACGCGUGGCAGGCGGUUAUCUAAAACUCUCAAGAGCCCACAUGGGGCCACUUGAAUCAUGGCGCUGCACCGUAUUACUUCCGAGACCCCCACCACAGCCUGCUCCUGCUCCACGGAGCCCCUGUACGACAACUGCCCGCCCUUUACCCAGCGAGGGAGGGCCGGGGGAAAGGAAAAGAAGGGUAGGGCCGCGUGCCCUCCUGUAAUCAGACUCCCGGGCCCCUGCGGCCCUCUGCCUCAUCGGGUCCCAGCUGUGAAUGGAGCUCCCACGGGGGUCGGUGGGGGGAGAGGGACUGGCGCUUGGCCAGAUCACAGCCACUGCAGCUGGAGAGGAGGCCUGGGAAAACAGGACCAGGAGGCAGAGCCGGGGCCAUGCAUAUCAAACACAGUGAGAGGAGGAGGAGGAGGCAGAGCAGGAGGAUGGGAAGGUAGCUGGGGGGCCGAGGGCACAGCGCAUCGGAACCAGAGCGAGGAGCACAGCAGCGCUCUCUCUCUGUACGACAACCUCCCCGCUGCUGACACUGCCGACGGCCUCCCACAGGUCUCUGUCGACAUGGAAACAAGCGUCCCGGAGCACUGGCAGGGGUCCCCAGCGCGGCCCCCGGAGCAGAUCCGGGCCCUGGUGGAAAGCGAGGCAGUGAGUGGCGACGAGAGCACCGGAAUCCUGCGGCAGAAUCCAGACCAGGACACAGAGCACGAACGGGAGCCGGAGCCGGACUCGGGGUCCUGUGGGUUUAAACGGACAGAUCCUCCCCAGGAACGGGUUCCAGCGAGCUCCCCUCAACCAUCCCCAGCUGAGCGCAGGGUUCCGUGGCCCCGAGCCGGCGCCCAGCAGCCGGAGCAGCCGCCCUGGUCUCCCAGGGCGCCCCCUCCUGUGCCCCUGGCGGACCCCUCCGCCAGCGCCCUACGCAGCCUCCUCACCAGCCUGCAACAGCAAAUAGGCAGACAGAGGGAGGAGUACGAGGCUCGAAUACUCGGCCUGGAGCAAAGAAACGGAGAGCUGCAGGCGGAGGUGGCUCGGUUGAAAACCAACCUAACACAGCAGCGGAGCUGGUACCGCGCCGUCCAGGCUAAGAUCGACGAGUCGGAAAGGAGCCGGGCCGCCGCAGAGCUGCGCAAUGCCACUCUGCAGAAGGAGAUGGAGCAGUUCUUCGACACCUUCGGAGAGCUCAACAACGAGGCCAAGAAGACGGAGUACAUCGUCAACAGCUUUUGAGAGAGGAACACGUGAAGUGUGUGUGUGUGUGUGUGUGUGUGUGUGUGUGUGUGUACGAACAGUGUGCAAAGAGAAGGAUGAGAAGGCACAACUCAUUAAACUCUAGUUGCUGUAGAAGUUUGACACGAUCCAUGCAGAAUAUUUACUUCCCUAAUCGGAAACAAUUUGAAGUGAUGUACAGCUACUUUUUCAUGAAGAAUCUGAGAAACAUGGAAAACGUAUCACCGAUGUCCACUUUAUUAGUUACGCAUGGGCAAAAGAUGUUGGCCAGGUGAUAGUAUUGUGGUCAUUGCAACAACACAGGACAUCUUCGACAAUAAAACGAGAAACUAACUGAA